AUGAUUGGAUAUAUUUUCGCUCUAUCAUUAAUCCAAGGAAUUUAUAGUAAUCCUUUGUCAUUUCAUUUUGAUCUAAGUGGCAAAUGUGAUAGUUCAGUGAUUUGUAAUGAUGAUGAUAUGAAAAUGAUGAUUGCAUGUGGGAAUGAUGGCCGCACGUAUAAUUCUUCCUGUGAAAUCAAAAUGGCGAUUUGUCAAGGUUAUCCAAUAAAACAGCAUCUUCCUGGCCAAUGUCCAGAAAAUUUGAUAUGUCCUUUGGAAAGAAGUUUUCAAUCGAGUAGAGCAUUACAGUUAAACAAUACGAAUAUUUUUAUACCAGAGUGUAAUGAAACCGAUGGUUCCUACUUACCUGUACAGUGCCACAAUAGUUCAACCUAUUCAUAUUGUUGGUGCGUAACACGAUUAGGUCGACCUUUACCAUUAACAUCCGUUAAAAAUGCCAAACCGAAUUGCACCCAUUCAAGUUGCACUUAUAAUGAUCGUUGGGAUUUCACGAUGAAUCUAUUAACGAUGAUAAAAGAGGAAUUUCUAAAAGAGACAGUUGAACGAGGUGCCACUUUGGUUCACGCGCCAAUAGCAGAAGGUCGUCCAGCUAUUUCUCUACGAGCAUAUAUGAAUUCAGGAUCUAUGGUGAUGAAAGCUGAUGGUCUUUUUUUAUAUCAUGCUGCUAAAAUUUAUAUUUUAUCACUGCAUACUUUUCUUACUUUAUCAUUGCUUUUGCUCGUACCAUUUCUCUAA